AUGGCCGAGCGCACUGGGGAGCGCAUCACUUUUGUUCUCAGUGUGGCAAACUCAGGCGAGACACUUAACGUUCACGUGCCCAAGCUGAAUAAAAAUGAGGUCAUCGUGGCCGCUUCUCUGGCGCUGCGUUUGAACAUCGAUCUGACCGGCGGCCACGCAAACAAUUUUCUCGUAAGGAACGUCUCGAGAGCACUGGUGGACAAGUUUGCUGUAAAAUGUGCGGGCACCACUCCUCAAGAAACAGUGGGAUAUGACAUUUUCAAAUUUACCAGGAUCUUUUCCUUCCACUGCAUGAGCGCUAACAUGCUGCUGGAGAGGAUUCAAACCGAAAAACUUUGUAAGAUUCGCUCGAACGCCGAUGACAGAGACAACGAGCGUGGACGGUGAAAAAACUCUGGAGGCCGUUUUUGGCAACAAGCACCGCAUCCGACUGGACCACCCUAUUCUGGGCGAUCACGGAGUUUUCUACCCACAAGCCCUUUUCAACGAUAUUGUGUUUGAACUGACACUUUCGCCGGCUUCGCAGGUUGUGAGAGGCUCAGACGCAUCAAAGCUGGUCUAUAAGCUGACAAACACUUAGAUGGAGUAUGAGACCAUCCACAGCAAGAAGCUGGCCAGCAGCUAUCAUGGUGUAAAACAGCGACAAGGAGUUCUCUUUUGACCACAUCAUGCGGAAGAGGUGGUGACCUUUAAGAAGACCAAGGCCAGCAGGCUCAACAUCAAGAUGAACCUUCAGCGCAGGUCACUCAAGGCCAUUCUUUUGCUUUUUAUCGAACCCUGCACAGCUGGACCCCGAGGGGCGAAAAAAUACGCUAACCCUGACAUCACUAAAGUAAGCGUCACGGUGAACCGCUCACCCAACAGGAUUUAUAACAACAGCAACGAGGCGCAGGAUAUGUGGCGGGAGAUCAGCCAGUUAUUU